AUGGAUAGGAGCAUGAUUGAUACUGCGGCUAGAGGUGCUUUGGUUAACAAGACUCCAGAACAAGCAAGGGAGCUCAUUGCAAAUAUGGCAGAAAAUUCUCAACAAUUUGGGAGUAGGGCACUUACUACUAGAGGAGUUGGUGAAGUUCAAAUGGUAUCAAAUAAGCAAAAGGAGAUCAAGAGUUCAUUGUUGGAGUUGACAUCUUUAGUCAAACAAAUGGCGUUGAAUAGUGCUAGCCAAGUUUCAUCUUUUCCAGUUCAAACAAUGAGACAACCAAAUUCUUCAUUUUCUUCUCAACUGAGGUCCUAUUCAAAUCAAAGCGGUUACAAUAGUUCAAAUGCAGCAAGUGCACAGCAGCAACAAAAGAUGGAGGAUAUGAUGCAACAGAUUUUGCAACAGCGGCAAUUAGUUUUACAACAACAGCAACAUCAGCAGAGGACUGAUUCUACUUUGCAAAAUAUUGAGAGACAAAUUGGCCAGCUAGCAAGCAACAUAAAUCAGAUGCAAGCCCAAGGAUCAAGUGGAUCAAAUCUGGUUUCAUCAGGUUCAAUUCCAGCUUCAACAAAUGUUGUGCUACCUCCAGAUUUUGUUCAAAAUAAGUUAGAUUCUACUGCAAAUCAACUUCAGAAUUUUCAAGCAUCUUCAGUCCAAACAGAUUCUGCAUUACCUGGAAAUGUUGCAAAAGCUCCAACAGCAGCUCAGGAUUUGGACAGUAAUUCACAGCAGCAAAGUGCCGAUAUUCACAUCCCUUUGCCUUUUCCUCAAAGAAAAGUCCAGCAAAGAAAGAACAUAGAGGAAGAGAAAGCUAGAGAAUUUCAAGACCUUGUGAAUUUAUUCAGCAAAGUGGAAGUGAAUGUGCCUUUGUUCACAAUGAUUAAGCAAAUUCUGAAAUAUGCUAAAUUUCUCAAGGAUCUAUGUGUUCACAAAAAGAAAUUGAAGGGGAAUGAAUUGAUAAGCAUGGGGAAGAAUGUGUCAGCCCUUAUUCAGCUAGUUCCUAAAAAAUGUGAAGAUCCUGGAGUGUUCACUAUGCCUUGUGAGAUUAGAAGUUGUGUUUUCGAAGAUGCCAUGUUGGAUUUAGGAGCAUCAAUCAAUGUGAUGCCAAAAUCAGUCUUUCAGACACUUGGAAUUAGUCCUCUAUAG